AUGGAUCUGUUUGCUGUUGCUGGAUCUGUUUGCUUGUUGCUGGAUCUGUUUGCUUUAUUGUAUCCGUAUGCAAGUAUAAUGUAUGCUUACCACACAAAUGUUGUUGAUUGUGAAACGUCAACUAAAAAGAAUAAACCAAAAUUCUUGUGGAAUAAUGAUGCGUUUAUGGACUUUGUCGAAGCUUGCAAGCUUGAAUGUAUAAAAGGGAAUAAACCUUGUGGUCACUUUAAUAAGAUUGGGUGGGAGAAUAUAGAAAAAACCAUGAACGAAAAAACCGGCAAAGUCUUUGAUAGAAAACAACUUAAAAACAAAUGGGACUCCAUGAAAAAAGAUUGGAAGCUUUAUGACCGCUUAAUAAGGCUUGAAACUGGGAUCAGUGGGACAAGAAGCUUAAUCGAGGCAUCAGAUGAGUGGUGGGAGGAGAAAAUAAAGGUAAAUAAAGACUUUGUCAAAUUUAAGGGUGCAAAUUUGGAAAUAUUCGUGUCGCAUUAUGCUCCUUUAUUUCGGGAUUGUGUUGUCGUUGGGGAUCAAACUCAGACGCCGUUGCAAUUUUUAAACGAUAACAAUCCGAGCGAUGUUCGACUCGAGGAAAACGUGGAGGGGAAAGGAGAUAUUUCGUUGAAAGUAGUUCGAGAUGUUGCCAACAAACGUUCAACCAAGAGUAAAACUUCAUCUUUUGAGGAAAAGCUAGAUGUUGUACUUGAUGCCUUAUCAACAAAAAGCACUCAAACGUUUCCACCAAAUGGUCCCUCGGCUACAAUAGCGGAUUGCAUGAACAUUGUCGUCACUUUUCCCGACUUUGAAGAAGGUUCAAAAAAGUAUUCACAAGCCUUGCGUGUCUUCAUCAAAAAGCAAAACCGUGAAGCUUUUAUGUAUCCAACGACUCAUGAAGCAAAGAUGGAGUUCCUUAAGUUACUUAUGGAAGAAUGA